CGUACAGGGUAUGCAAGUCAUCGCCAUUGAUGUCUAAGCAAGGCGCCAAGUAACUCCCGCCCCGCUUUAAAUCUGCGAACUUGCGAAGUGCGGUUCGUGUGCCUGUGCAGCGAGAGGGUCGGCUUCGUUUGUAAGAGACCACUUUACGAAGCGCGGAAAUGUUCGCCCUUGCCUGAAGGAGGGAGUCAGAAUACAAGCUCGAGCUCGGUGGAUGACUUCGUGGUGCUGAAGCGCAUGUCGACGGUGCUCUUGCUUUCGAGCUCACCGUGGCGGGCCUUGAGAUACCGUGCGCUGCUACCGAGUUGCCUGUUAUACUUGUUAUCUGCAUCAAACUCUUCAACGCGCUGAUUGUCCCCCGGCAGGACUUUCUGAACCAUGUGCUUCUGUUGCAACGCGAAACUUGUCGUCAUAUUGCUGCUGGUUUGUUGUAACAUGCGGGCCGUGCGAGCUGGAUUCUGCGGGCUUGCUUUGCUGCUGCUAACCUCUCAGUCCGGAUGUAAUGACCAUGCACUCUCAUGCGCGAGCUACGGACUCUGCAGCCGGCCUUAUCCUACUUGCCGUCUAUGCACUCGUUUGUCCGCUGAUUUUGCAUAGUACCGCUGGACGGGCAGCAACCAGGUCACUUCGACAUCCAUCUUCACCUCCACUUUCGCCCGCCUCCACCUCGACCUUCACCUCCACCUUCACCUCCACAUUCACCUCCAUCUCCGACUCUUUCUCUUCAUCGCUGGGGACGAGGCAACGGAUGGCACACUACCUUCCCGUCCCCUUUUGGUCGGAGCCUUCUGCUCACCCUCCGUGGAGUGUCAGCGAGCAGAAACAGAGCGUGUGCCUCAAAGCCGCCUUCGCCGCCUGCCCAUACUGUAGCAACAACGGCCUUGAGUCUUCACUCAUGAUAGCACUUCACCAAGUAUGUAUGCCCACUCGUCGUUCUUCUCCUUCUUCUCUUUCGCCCGCCACUUCCACCGAACGCAACACUCUUCCUCCUCUGUCCACUCGGGGAGCGGCUUGCAGCAUCAGCUAGCCUCAUCU